UACGAAGAUAAAAGAUAAUGGGCUAUAAGGAAGAGGACUAGGUUGAGAGCAGAACACAAACGCAAUGCUUCGGAUGAAGACGCUUGAGUAAAGGUUAGAAAGAGCGAAAAAUCUGAUACGUACGAGGAUGAAAGUCGAAGGAGAAGUCAGGAUGAAAGACAAAAGUCUAUGUGCAGAGACUUUGUCGUGCAGGCGCGUGGAAGAGCCGAUGGGGGUUGUUGGACAAGCGGCCCGAGUAUGGCCGUGUAAAAUAGCCGUGGCCACAGUCGAGGUUCAACAUGAGCCAAACAGCAUGGCCUGCACACUCGCGCCCACACGGAGUCCGUGGCGGAGGGCUCCACUCACUCAGGGAUGCCUCCGGUCAAAUAUUCGGGGGAGGCAAUGGGUCAUAUUAUGCAUACAUGGUACAUGUAUUUAUUCUGGCCCGAACACUCUAGAUAUUGAAUGUUGCUGCCUGAGUGAUUGGACUUCAUGGCCGCCGAUGUUCUGGGUCACACUGCGGCCACUGUCAAGUGUCAAGCCCGUCCACAUUUUUUCCUUGGUCACUGACAGUGACGUCUGGCCCUCGCGUGGCACGCGUAGUCUCGCCUCGCUUCUACCUGGCCAACGUCCUUCUCGAGUCCUCCUGCGCUUAGCACGGACAACAAGGCUGUGGGUGUCGACACUGCCCACGUUCACCAGGCCACGCAGAACGUCACCGGUGGAGUUGGACUUUUACAAGGGAUACUUCAGUUACCCGCAGUCGGAGAAGCCGUUUGCAAUGCAGCAGACCCCGAGAAGGCUUGCUGAGAUGAGGAAGGCUCGUACGGCAAGGAGGGGAGCAAGAGAACUGGAAAGGCGUGUUCGACAUGUGCCGGCGGACGACCUUCGGGAAAAUGAUGACGAGGCUCAGCUACAGGGGGAGUUCACGCCGGCAGUCUCGGACAAAUUGACGAAUGAGCGCGAACCUCAACGUCGCGCGGCACAAGCUAUGGCGGGAUCGGGAGAGGAGCACUAGACGAUGAUGAUGGAACAACUGACGCAAGUCGAGGCCACGACGACGGGAUUGGUAGUGCGGUCCGAGGGCGAGCCCCAGCUGCUGUCCUCGGAGGCCCAGGUUCAGAUUGCCGCCAUGUCGAGUUCCUUGCGCGUCGCAGACGAGAUUCAGAUGCCGGCGGACGCAAAUGGCCCUAUGAAGCAAGGGGAGGAUCACAAAGAUGAAUGAAGGGUUGUCACGAGAGCGAGAGAUUGAUGGUGGCAGGCGAUGUGAAGAGAGGGAGACAAGAGGUCUGCACAAAUUUGUCUUAG